AUGUGUUUUGGAUCAACCUGGAAGUUGGGACCGUUACAUGCCAUUGGUGGAGUUUGCUACAACAAUAGCUUUCAUCCGAGCAUUGGGAUGGCUUUGUGUGAGGCUUUGUGUGGGUGGAAGUGUCAAUCUCUACUGUGUUGGUAUGAUGCCAGUAAAGUAAGUGUUUUGGGUCCUGAUUUGGUAGCAGAGACUACUGAGAAGAUUAAAAAGAUUCGGGAGAGGAUUCUAACUGCCCAGAGUCGACAGAAAAGUUAUGCAGAUCAGAUAAGGAAACUGUUGGAAUUUGAAGUGGGGGAGCACCUACUUCUGAGGGUUACACUGACUAUCGGGAUUGGAAGAGUGAUUAAAACCAAGAAGUUGAAUCCGAGGUUCAUUGGACUGUUUGAGAUUCUGAGGCGAUUCGGGCCGGUGGCAUAUCAAGUAGCCUUGCCGCCUCACUUGUCUAACUUACAUGACGUAUUCCACGUGUCACAACUUCGUAAAUACACGUCAGAUACAGCUCAUGUGUUAGAGCCCGAGUCGGUCGAGUUGCGGGAGAACUUGAGUUUUCAAGUAACUCCGGUGCGAAUUGACAACACCAGUUUGAAGAAGUUACAUGGAAAAGAAGUUCAGUUGGUUAAAGUUGCUUGGAAGAGAGCAGGAGUGGAAGAGCAUACUUAG